UCUAGCAUCAGAAUGUACCUGUUUUACACCAUUCUCGCCGCUCUUUCCUCUUUUUUUGUUUUGAAAUGGAUGAAGCGCAGGAGAUUCUGCACGGAUGUAAAACGACUGGAUGGAAAAACGGUUCUGAUAACUGGUGGCAACUCGGGCGUUGGUAAAGAGACGGCAGUAGCUUUGGCUCUGAGAGGAGCCCGAGUGAUCAUCGCCUGCAGGGAUGAGGACAGAGCAAGGAAGGCGAUUAGGGAGAUCAAGGCCAGAAGCCACAACAUGAAUGUGAUCUUUAUGGAGUUGGACCUGGCUAACAUGAGAUCCAUCCGCGAGUUCUGCAAAAGCUAUCUACAAAGAGAAAAGAGGCUGGAUAUUCUCAUCAACAAUGCAGGUGUCCCCAGUAUCCUGAACUGGACCGAUGAUAACUUCUCCAUGUGCUUUGGGGUAAAUCACCUGGGUCACUUCCUCUUGACCAACCUGCUGCUGCCACGAUUGAAGGAGUGUGCACCGAGCCGUGUCAUCACGCUCACCUGCUCCAGCUAUAAAUAUCAGAAACUGGAUUUCCAGGACCUCAACUACAACCUGUUCCCUUUCUUGACCUACUGCCGCAGCAAACUGGCCAAUAUCUACUUUACCCAGGAGCUGGCACAUAUCAUGGAGGGCAAAGGGGUGACUGCCUAUGCUGUGCAUCCUGGUUACGUGCAGAGUAACUGGACAUGCCACUACUCAUUCCUGUACCAGAUGUUCAUGAAGGUGAUCACGUUCAUGUUUUUCAUUCCGUGCGAGGCUGGGGCACAGACUGUUGUGUACUGUACCGUUGCAGAUGAGGUUACCGCUCAUAACGGGGGUUACUUCAGUGACUGCAGACCCGCCAAGUUAAAACCUUUCGCUAAGGAUGCCGGCGUGGCCAAAAAACUCUGGGAGGCGAGUGAGAGACUGGUCAAACUUGCCUGAAAGCUGAAUGCAUAUUUCUGACUGUUUUUUAAAUCUUAUUUAUUGUGAAUGUUUUAUUUCAAACUGGGUUCAUGAUUCUUUUAUUUAAACUUAAUUUGCAAUGUACUGGAAUAAAAAAUACUUAUGUUAUAAUAA